AAUUGGAUUUUGAAACAUUUUGCUAAUUGUGAAAACAAUAAUUGGCAAGAAAGCUUCAGUAGAAACACCUUUCCCUCAUGAUAACUCUUUCAGGAGUGAAUUUUCCUUCUGGGGGGCAAAUUUUCUCUCACUUCCUGUUGUCUCACCCAGGUUCUUAACUGUGAGUUGUUUGUAAGUCGCAUGUUUGUAAUUCAGGUUUGUAACCUGUACUUGGGUUGUUUUUUAGGAUCGGUGGAGGGGAGGGUGGAAGAGUACACACACCUCCCUGUUUACUUAGGGAGACCUAAACCUGCAUUGAAAACUGUACUUUUGGUAGAAAACAUAAUAUGGAAUUCAGUAAAUGACUGUACCUUUUAUUAUUAUCUUUAGGAGCAUUUUGCUUAGGUGUCGGGGGAGGCAGUGUCAGCUAUACUUGAAUAUCUUGUCACAUCUCUGUGUUAGUCAUUAUCAUAUUCUUGCUAAAUUACAGCCAUAAUCUCUUGGUUGAAUAUUAUCUCUGUAAUGAAACAGGAGUGGGAGGAGUGGACAGGUGGGACUCCCACAUAUAUUCUCAAAUAUACAGGGUGCUUUGAAAUAUUUAUCCCCACAAUAGAUUAGACAGGAGCAUUUCUACCAGGAGCCUGAGACAAAAGAGUUCAGCACUAAAAUUUUAAAAAGAGAAUUAGCAACCUUUUCAGGAAAAAAAUAAUUUAUUUUUAUGUUGAUAUUACUAAAAUAUAAUUAAUUUUUAAAUGGGUAAAAACAUGUUGAAAAAAAGCUUUUUUGCUAUGAGAAGCAUCUUGGACACCUUCAAAUUUAUCAUUUUGUUUAUUUAUUACUGUUUGGAGGCCUUCGUUUUGAUGUUCUUUUGUGUUCGAAAAAAUGUUGCUGGGAAAAUUGUGCUUGUCACAGGAUCUGCAGAUGGGAUUGGACGACAGAUUGCAUUAAACUUUGCACGUCUUCGCACGAUUCUUGUUCUCUGGGACAUUGAUGAGGAAGGUAACAAAAAAACAGCAGAGCUUGUCAAAGCCAAUGGGGCUCUGGCUGUUUAUGUCUAUAAGUGUGAUGUGCGCAUAAGGGAAGAAAUCUAUGCAGUGGCCAAUCAGGUUAAAAAGGAAGUGGGAGAUGUAGAUAUUCUAAUCAAUAAUGCAGGGAUAUAUAAUCGGAAGAAUUUCCCCGACCUUUCUGAUUCUGCUAUGGAAGAAACAAUACAAGUCAACACUAAAGCACAUUUUUGGACCUGCAAAGCUUUUUUACCAGCUAUGCUUGCCCAGAACCAGGGACAUUUGGUUACAAUUGCGAGUGCAGCAUCACUGAGUGGGGACAAGUACAUCACAGACUAUUCCGCAAGUAAAUUUGCAUCGUUCGGCUUUCUGGAAUCUCUUGCUUUUGAAUUGUGGGCUGCUGGAAAGAAAGGCAUUAAAACCACAAUUGUCUGUCCUGGUUUCGUGGAUACAAAAUUAAUUAUUGGUGUAAAAACAGCGAGGCCAUUUCUUGUUCCUAUCAUGGAUGUAGGCUUGGUGGGCAGGAAUAUCGUGGAUGCUAUUCUGAAAGAGAAACUUUACAUAGUCUUGCCACCUUUUACGCGACUAAUUACUCUUAAAAUAUUUCUUCCUAAAAAAGUGGGUUUUCUUAUUAAUCAGUAUCUCAGACCAUAAUGAGAUGAGUUCAGAAGUCUGAUUAGAAGAGGAUAUAAAGCAGCUGACUAAAUAGAUCCUGUACUACAAACUACAGCAUUCUUCUUCUUUGGUAUAUUCCAUCCUCAUUGAUCUACUUCAUGUAUUUCUGAGCAUCAUAUUUUGUAUGUCCUUCACAUAUAUAUAUAUAUAUAUAUAUAUAUAUAUAUAUAUAUACACACAUACAUACAUACAAACAGGAGUCAGAAAACUGUUGAUAUAAUAAUUGAGCAAAUAAAACAUUGUGUUGGCCAUAAAUGUCUUAGUAUCCUUGGAAUGAUGCAAUUCAUACCCAGUUCUUAUUUAUACAUAGAUUGGGAAUAUAUGUAAGAUAUUGGUUCCCACAGACAGCACAGCCUUUUCUCUUCUGCAGCUCAGGCAGUCUCUCAACUGUCUUAACUAUUUAUAUAAAAAUGGCAAUAGAUGUCUUAAUCAUAAUGUAAUCCAGGAGUUCUCACACUUUUUCAGCCUCAAAGCACCUUUUGAAGUAAAAGCUUCUCGUGGAGCCCCGAGAAAAAAUUAUAUAUUAUAUAUUACCCCUCAGUAUGCUUUGAAGAGCUCCAAGGGCUUCGCAGAGCACACUUUGAGAACCUCUGAAAUCAUACUAAUUUGUUACAGAUUUUUAAUAAAAAUAUAUACACAAAUUUAGGUUGCUACUUUAUUUGCACUUAUCAUUAAACUUAAUUGCCUUCAGACCACAGGGUUAUGCUCAGAAGGCAAGUGAGUUUAAUAACAUGUACAUAAACUUGGUAAACAGUUGCUUCAGGCACCUGCUGGGCAGAGCAAGCCAUCUGAAGCAGAUGCUACGAUUAGAGUUCAGCCGAGUACACCACCAAAGAUGGAAGAACUUCCAGUUGAGUGGAGGUGUUUAUCAAAGCAUGCAAGUGUUACCUUGCACCUAUAUGUCUUUCUCCCAAAUCAGAAGCAACACACUCAGCAUCCAAUAACAACCAAGGACAGAAGUUGGUUUAAUUCUCCAUGCAGUUCCACCCUUUGACAUAGACAGUCGAAUCACCACCUGAGAUUCUGCUCUGACAAGUUGUAAACAGGUGGGGGAAAGAAUGCCUUUUUUCUGGAUUCUUAACACAACUUCUCUUAGUGGAUAUAUGUCAAUGUAGCACAGGCGGAAAUGGGGUCUUUCCUCUCUAAAUACAAAUCCUGCCCCUGUCAGUGAAACUUUCAGUCGGUCCCCAAAUUUCUAACAAAGCAGUAACUUAAAACUUUAGUUGAACUUUCAAAAGUACAGCUUUCUAAGGAAAUGGGAGGUGAAAGGUGAGUAAAGGAAUGUGAGCACAACAAACAGAAAGGUUUUCAAUGUGCAUAGUGUUCAAAGUCUCCCUCUCUGCAAUGUGAAGAAUUUAUCAGCUUGCGGAGAGUUAAUUCCCACUGAA